AUGUUCGUCAGCGUCACCAUCCCAGGGCGCGGAGGCCCAGGGGACCCUGCGAGUUGUGGGGGAGCGGAUGAAGAGAGGGCAGCCAGGCGACCCGAGGCCCGCAGGCGCUGGCCCCAGCAGCGCGCUGCCCGGCGGGGCUGCGGGGCGGGGACGCGGGCGCCGCGGGAAGCAAACGCGGCGGGACCGGCUCGAGUUCCUCCUGGCAGCCGCGGGCCGGGGCCGGGCGGGGGCGCCUGGUUCUCAUCACCCGCGGCGGCGGCGGCGGGCGGGGCCGGGGCCGGGGAGCCGCACAAAGGGGCCGCUGUCGCGCCGAGCCCGGCCCGCCCCUGCGGCCGCCCCUCGGCUGGUGGCCGCCCCUUGUCCCCGCUCCUCGCUCUCGCGCUCUCCCCUCGGCUCCCGGCCGCUCCCUCGGAGACGAGGCCGGGGUCGGCGCCUGGGGCCCGUUCGCUCCGCUUCGCGCGCUCCGGGGCUAGACGGGGUCGGGGGCUGCGCCGGACGUGGUCGCUGGACCCCUGGUGCGUGCGGUGGAUGGGGUGGGAUGGGCCGCCGGAGGCGCAGCGCGGCUCCCGGCCUGAAUCCUGGCGCUGGGGGCUCGGUCACCCUGCGGGGGUCUGCGUUCUAGACGCGGGCGGGGCUGGAGAGCAGGACCCUCCGUCCCUGGACACUGCCAUCCAGCACGCCCUGGCGGGCCUCUAUCCGCCUUUCGAGGCCACCGCGCCCACCGUCCUGGCUCAGGUGUUCCGGCUCCUGGACUCUGACUUCCGGGGUGAUGGACUGAGCUUCCUGCUGGACUUCCUGAUCCCUGCCAAGCGCCUGUGUGAGCAAGUGCGCGAGGCAGCCUGUGCCCCCUAUGCACACCGCCUCUUCCUGCACCAGGGCUGGCCGCUCUGCCUGCGGGAGGGGGUUGUGCUCCACCUGGCACCGCUCAGCGCCCUCUGGUUACGCCCGGGGGACUUCUACCUCCAAGUCGAGCCCCAGGAGGAGCAAUCCGCCUGUAUCACCAUCAAAUACCUCUCCUCAGACCUCCGCAGUGUAGACAAGAAGCCCGUCCCGGUGUCGUCCUAUCCUGUGCUUUUCACCCAGGAGUGGCUGGAGGCCAUCAACAGUGGCCUGGAGGGAAGUCCCCUCCAGAACUGCCUGGUGGCUUCAGAGAAUGGGAUUGCACCUGUGUCCUGGGCCAAGAUCGCCAGCCCAGAGUUUGUGGAUGACGGGCCUUGCGCCCCGAGGGUCCUCACCCCAGUUGGCGGGGCCCUCAGGCUGAACAGCCCCCAAGAGCUGCACCGGUUCGACUGCUCAAACAGCCAGGUGCUUCUUGCCCAGGGUUUGGCCAAGGGCAAGGGCAGGACGCAUGGGAACAAGUAUCCGGGACUUAUCAAGGUGGAGCAGGCCAGGCCUGGAGAGGCGGCCUUCAGGAUGGACGGCAUGGUCAGCCGGGACUUGGAAGGAGACUACGUGGCUCUCCUGGGUUUUCCCCAAGCGAGCAGAGGAGAGUCUCCGGGGAGGGAGGUGGAGGCAUCCAGUGUGGGUGCUUUGGGGGCGCUAGCAGAGCUCUCUGGAGCUCAGGAAACUCCUCCCUCUCAAAGACUGCUGCCACUCUCAGGGGACAGUGGGAAACCUGCCUUGGAACAGGCUUCUGCAAAGCCAGCAAGCUUCCAGGAGGAGCCCUGCUCUGGGGGCUUGAAGCGAAAGGUUGGCCACGAUGCACCUGCCAGCGACUUGGAACAGCAGCCCCGAGAGCCUGACCUGGGCCGCGUCUCUGACCUCAGUGCUGGCGUCUUAGAAGAUCCAGCUGUCUCCCAGACACAGGGACUGCUGGGAAAGCCAGAGACCAGGGUCCAGCUCGGGCCCAGACCCAGACGGGCUUUGUCCCCCAGCCCGUCCCCAGCCUCUCCUGUGGCUCCAGCCACUGCAACAAAGGCAGAGGAAACCAAAGAGGACAGCGGGAGACCCCCCAGGCCCGUGACCUGUCCAGGCGGAGACCCCUCUCCUUCUGUGUCCCCUGCUCCUGGGCUCCAGUCCUCCUUCUCGGAGGGGCAGAGGCUGUCCCCCGCGCCUCCAGCAGGGGCCUCGCUCCAGCAGGACGAGCCUCAGAAAGCCCCCUGCUCACUGCGCUCCCCCAGACCCUGCCGAGCCGAAGCCCCGGGGGAAGAUGGGACAGCUCAGACCAAAACAUCUGGCCCAGCCGCUGACUCAGGCCUCCGGGCUGGGGAGCAGACUGGCUUCCCAGAAGCCUCAGCCGGCCCCCCACAGAGAGGCCCCACCGCCCUGCAGGAGGAGCCCCCAGGGCCUGCACCGGGGAUGGGGGCUCUGAGUGUCGAGAUUCUCCACUCGAAGAUAGCAUGCCUGCCAGGCGGCCGGGACAGGGCGGGCCGACCCCUGCUUCUGGUGUCCACCACCGAGGGGGCCUGGGAGGAGCCAUGGUGCACGGCCUCCGAGCUCAGCCAGCUGCUUUCCUACCUGUGCACCGUCCCCAGGCCCGAAGAGAAAGCCAAGGGGCUGGCGGUUGUGCUGGACGCCAGGAAGCAGCCCCCACAGCCUGGCCUGGUCAGCGCCCUGCAGGCCGCCCAGGCGCUGGCCCCAGCCUCCAUCCAAAGUGUCCUGUUCCUGGGGGAGAAGCGGGGCGCCCUGGCGCUGCGGACCGCCUGUGACAUCCAGGUGGAAGUGCUGACCUCAUUGAAGGCCCUCGGCCACCACGUGGACCCCAGCCAGCUGCCAGCAGCCCUGGAAGGCCCCUUCCCCUACUGCCACAGCGAGUGGGUGCAGUUCUUCCAGAAGCUGGACCCCUUCCUGGCCACUCUCCGCCAGGCCUCCUCCCUGCUACAGGCGUCCAUCGAGGAGUUCAAGAAGGGGGCGACCCCUGCAGGCGCACAGGAGGCCACCAGGUGCCUGAGCAAGUUCAAGGAUCUGAUGGAGGCCGUGCUGAGGGAUCCAGGCCUCCUGGGCCUCCAGCGGGAUGGUGGCGCCACCCUGGCCAGGCUGCAGCGAGAGGCCAGCAGGCUGGACUUCAACCCGGACAUCAGGUGCCACUUGGCCGAGGCCACCACCCUGUACAGCCUCGUGGAUGAGCAGCUCCAUGUCCUGGUCACUGCGUCCAACCACCUCCUGGGGAGGCUGGAGCUCCGCGUCCGCCUGGGCCGCCUGGAAGCCGCCAUCCGCCAGGUCAGCGACUGGAUGGAGCAGGAGGGCAGCCGGUGCCUGCAGGCCCUGGCCCCCGAGGACGGCAGCCUGGAGGCCGUGGAGAAGGCGCACGUGGAGUUCGAAGACUUCUUCCUUCAGGCUGCUGCCCAGUACCGCCGAGGCCUCGAGCUGUCCAAGCAGGCGGCCCAGCUGGGAGCUGCAGCCGGAGGGACCGGCGAGGCAGGCGGAGCAGAAUCCCCGGAGCUGGCGGCCUUCACGUCCACACAGCGAGCGUUCCAGGCUAAGCUGACCCACUUCUACAUGGCGGCUGAGCGUCAGCGCACCGACCUGGAGACGCUGCUCCACCUGCACCACUUCUGCAGGAAGCUGGCCUGGUUCCACAUGGACUGUCGGGACCUGAUGUCGCAGCUCAGGCUGGGUAAGGCCCAACGGGCCAGCCCCGGGGACCAGCGCCGCCUCCAGCGCUACCUGCAGCGCCUGGCGUCUGAGUUCCCUGCCCAGAAGCUCAAGGCCAUGGGGCUGCAGGUGGCCUCCCUGAGCCGGGUGGGGCUGGGCCAGGACCUAUGGGAGGAGGCCCGGGCAAGACACGAGGAGACCCAGGCCCUCCUGCAGAAGGCCCUGGCCCACUGUCCGAGCACAGUGGCGCCCACCACCCACAGAGGGGUGGCAGCCAAGGACCAGGGGCCGAAUGGAGACGUCACUUCCAAGGAGAGGCGGGACCUGCCCCUGCAGGACUCGCCGGCCGGGGAUCCUUCGCCCAAAUCCCACUGGCCUCGUCGGGGCACCAGAGGGAGGCCAGGCAGGAACUGCGAGGCUGGCCAGGCUGGGCCCCCCGACCUUGCCCCCGAGCGGUUUCUUGCUGCCCUCUUCUCCCGGCAGCGGCUCCCCAGGCACAGCCGGGCCCCCCGCGCCCCUGGAGGCAGCUUCUCUUCAGAGGGGACAGACUCACAGACGUCCCUGGAGGACUCACCCCAGACAAGCCCCCCUGCGUCCCUCUAG